AUGGAUGCCGAUGGAGAAAAACAGUGGAGCUCUCUCAUAGUACCUUCCGUUCUAGAGAUCGUGAAAGAGAAGAACUUUACGACUGUUCCUCCGAGGUAUGUUCGAUCUGAUCAAGAUUCUGCUGAGGUCACCGAUGAUUCCAGUCUGAGCUCCGAGAUUCCAGUCAUCGACAUGAAACGCCUGUGCUCUGUUUCCGCCAUGGAUUCCGAGCUCGAGAAGCUCGAUUUCGCUUGCCAAUAUUGGGGAUUUUUUCAACUUGUAAACCAUGGAAUAGACUCGUCUCUCUUGGACAAACUAGAGACUGAGGUUAAAGAGUUCUUCAAUCUCUCCAUGGAAGAGAAGAAGGAGCUGUGGCAGAGAAGUGGUGAAUUCGAAGGUUUCGGACAAGUGAACAUUGUGUCAGAUGAUCAGAAACUUGAUUGGGGAGACAUGUUCAUCCUCACCACUCAACCAAUCCGAUCACGCAAAUCUCACUUGUUCUCCAAGUUACCUUCUUCUUUCAGAGAAACUGUAGAGACUUACUCUUGUGAAGUGAAGAACAUAGCUAAGAUCCUCUUUGCGAAAAUGGCUAGUGUUCUUGAGAUCAAAAGCGAAGAGAUGGAAGAUUUGUUCCAAGAUGUUUGGCAAUCUAUCAAGAUCAAUUACUACCCUCCAUGUCCACAGCCAGAGCAAGUUAUGGGUUUGACUCCACAUUCAGACGCUGCAGGUCUCACAAUACUGUUGCAGGUGAAUCAAGUGGAAGGACUCCAGAUCAAGAAAAACGGCAAGUGGGUUCUUGUGAAACCGCUUCGAAAUGCUUUUGUUGUCAAUGUUGGAGAAAUCUUAGAGAUCAUAACAAACGGGAGAUAUCGAAGCAUCGAGCAUAGAGCGUUGGUGAAUUCAGAGAAAGAGAGGUUAUCAGUUGCAAUGUUUCAUAGUCCAGGAAAGGAGACUGUGAUUGGUCCUGCUAAUAGCCUUGUUGAUAGACAGAAGAAGCAACGCUUGUUCAAAAGCAUGAGCACACAAGAGUACUUUGAUGCCUUCUUUGCUCAGAAGCUCAAUGGGAAAUCUCACCUUGAUGAUCUUAUGACCACUUGA